AUGGGCCCAAAGAAAAAUGGGGAAAGGAGCGACUCUACUGUAGAGCUCGGACAAGAAAUGGAGACCUUGAAGACAGAAGUUUCAGACAUCAAGAAUUCCAUGGAGAGCAUGGCCAGCCGAAUUCAGCAGCAGUUACAAGAAACCCUUCAACAAUCUCAACGUGAGUUUCAAGAAUCUCUGCAGCAACAAUUCAAAACGCUGUGGGAAAUUCAAGAAAGAUCAAAGAAUCAUCAAGAGUCAAGGGAAGAUGGCAAUGGUGCUAGUGGCAGCCAGGAGAAGGGUCAGCCAAGAGAAUCAGCAGCACAAGGUGACCCUCAACAGAGAGAACCACCUUCAAGAAGCAGGCUCUGGUCUACUGGUGCAUCUCCCCCAGAUGUGUUUAGGGGUAGUCGGAAUUCGGGAGGUAGCUUUUUCGACCGGGGACAGCAGGAAAUUCAAUGUCGCCAUGAGAAUCGACUCAAAAGGUUGAAGGUGCCAUCCUUUAAUGGUGAGAAUCCAGAUGGUUGGAUAAUGCAAGCAGAGAGAUUUUUUGUUUGCCAUGAAUAUGAUGAAGAAGAGAAGGUUGAGGCAGCCUUCAUUUCAUUUUCUGGUGAUGCUUUAUUAUGGUAUCAAUACGAAAGCAACAAAAGGAACAUUCACAACUGGGAGGAAUUGAAAAAGCUGUUGCUUCGACAUUUCCGAGAUCAACAAGAAGGGUCCCUGUACGACCAAUUUUUGACUGUCAAACAGGAAGGUACUGUUUCAGAAUAUAAGAGAAAGUUCAUAAGGCUCCUGGCACCCUUGGGAACGGUUGAACCAGCAGUACAAUUGAGCACUUUCUUAAAUGGAUUAACCCCAUCUCUAUGGGCUGAGUUGCGGAUCAUGCGACCAAGGAAUGUUGAUGAGGCCAUGGAAAUUGUUCAGGAUAUCGAGGACAAGAAUAGGGUGGCAAGGCAGCAAUACAACUACACCAACAAAUCAGCUUUCAAUGAUACUUCCCUGAAGCCCGUUAAACCUUCACCCAGCCCCGCAACCAUUGCUAUUCGCCGACUUACAGAGUCAGAAAUCCAACUAAAAAGGCAAAAAGGGCUGUGUUUCUGAUGUGAUGACAAGUGGUCCCUAGGCCAUCGCUGCAAGAAGCGGGAGCUGCAAGUGCUGAUGGUACCUGAAGAGAUAGAAGAUAAUAUUUCUGACCCAGAAUCUGAUGAAGACGGGAAGGAAAAUCUGGUGUUAGACUCCACAGAAGUGCACGGCAACGUGGCUGUUUCCUUCCUGUCCGUGGUUGGACUAUCUACCAAUACCACCAUGAAAAUAAAGGGGACACUCGGGUCCAAAGAAGUAAUCAUCCUCCUUGAUUCAGGAGCCACUCAUAAUUUCAUUUCUAAGAUAUUGGUCACUCAAUUACAGUUUCCAUUUCUGAAACAAAAGCUUAUGGGGUUACAUUGGGAAAUGACGAUUCCAUAAAGUGUGAAGGCAUAUGUAUGAACCUGCAAAUUUAUUUCCAAGGUGUGGAAGUAACAGAUGAUUUUUUGCCCCUGCCUCUAGGAAGUGUGGACAUCCUUCUGGGCCUACAGUGGCUGGCGACGCUGGGCAUGACUCGGGUGGAUUGGAGACUACAAACAAUGGAGUUCCAGCUGGGCAAACGCACAGUAGUCAUUAAAGGGGACCCAUCGCUGGAAAGAUCUUUGGUAUCUCUAAAAUCCAUGGCUAAGACCCUUAAAAGGGAGAAACAAGGCGUCAUUUUAGAAUUCAACUACAUCCGCCAAGACAACAAUAGUAUGGGACCACAGGUACCAAAAUUUUUGACAAAAAUCCUUGCUGAAUUUUCUGAUGUGUUUGAUAUGCCUGUAGGACUUCCCCCAAAUCGUUCCCAUGAGCACGCAAUUAACUACAACCAGGAACCACACCCAUAAGCGUGAGGCCAUACCGCUAUGCUUACUCCCAAAAAUCAGAGAUUGAGAGAUUGAUUUCAGAGAUGCUUAUUGUGGGAAUAAUCCAGCCAAGUACUAGUGCAUUUUCUAGUCCAGUCUUGCUUGUUAAAAAAAGGGAUGGCUCAUGGAGAUUCUAUGUCGAUUAUCGCGCUCUCAAUAAAGUUAUCACCAAAUCCGGGUUCGACAAGAGGAUGUGCACAAAACAGCAUUUCGAACACAUGAUGGCCACUACGAAUUCCUUGUGAUGCCCUUCGGGUUGACCAAUGCCCCUUCCACAUUCCAGUCCUUAAUGAAUGACGUAUUCCAGCCUUUUUUGUGUCAAUUUGUGCUCGUCUUCUUCGACGGCAUACUGGUUUACAGUAAGACUUUGGAGCUCCACCAACAGCACUUGACUCAAGUUUUUGAGCUCCUUCGCAAGCAUAAACUGUAUGCAAACCAGAAAAAAUGUGCAUUUGGGCAGCGACAAGUAGAGUAUCUCGGGCACAUCAUAUCUCAGCAAGGGGUGGCAGCCGAUCCCCAAAAGAUUUCAGCUAUGCUAGAAUGGCCGAUUCCUACAACACUUAAGGGUCUACGUGGAUUCUUGGGUCUCACGGGAUAUUAUCGAAAGUUUGUGGCUAAUUAUGCCCAAAUAGCGCAACCUCUAAUUGAUCAGUUGAAGAAAGAUAGCUUCCCAUGGGGACCUGAACCCGAACAAGUCUUCCGCAAGCUACAAGAAGCUAUGACGACAGUACCCGUGCUAGCACUUCCAAAUUUUUCUCAGCCUUUUGUCAUUGAAACUGACGCUUUGGGACACGGAUUAGGGGCUGUACUUCUUCAAAAUCAACGCCCCAUUGCUUAUUUCAGUCAAGUUUUGGGGGUUCAAGCCAGAAAAAAAUCAAUUUAUGAAAAGGAACUAAUGGCUAUCGUAUAUGCAGUAGCUAAGUGGCGGCCUUACCUGUUGGGAAACAAAUUUGUAGUACGAACUGAUCAGCAGAGUUUACGGUACUUAUUUAGGCAGCAAGUAAUUGGUUCAGAAUAGCAGAAAUGGGUGUCAAAAUUGAUGGGAAUGGAUUUUGAAAUUGAGUAUAAACCAGGAUUACAAAAUAAAGUGGCUGAUGCUUUGUCAAGGCAAGUGGAGACAGUAACUUUAGACUCUCUAGUAACUCUGAAAUGGAAAUUAUGGCCUGAAUUUGCCCAACAAAUAGCUGCUGAUCCAGUUUUGCGAAAAAUUCAAGAGGAUUUCAAAAGCAACAGCAAGACCCACCACCAUUUCCAGCUUUACAACGACAUUCUCUACUAUAAGAAAUGCCUUGUCAUACCCAAGAAAUCCCCCUUAAUUACACAAAUUCUGGGAGAAUUUCACACUACACCACUCGGUGGCCAUUCCGGAGAGCUAAAGACCUAUAAGAGAUUGGCUGCCGAAUUAUUUUGGGAAGGGUUACGCCAAGAUGUCCACAAGUUUGUCCAGCAAUGCUUGGUAUGUCAACAGAAUAAACUCCUCACGACGUUCCCAGCAGGACUCCUUCAGCCUUUAUCUCUUCUAGCACAAGUUUGGGACGAAGUGACAAUGGAUUUCAUCGAAGGCCUACCCAAGUCAGAAGGGUGGGAUACUAUAUUCGUUGUAGUAGACCGGCUGUCCAAAUAUGCCCAUUUCCUCAAGCUGAAGCACCCCUUUACCGCCCCUACAGCCGCAGAAGUAUUUACACGUGAAGUGGUCCGGUUGCACGGUCUUCCUCAAUCCAUUGUCUGAUAGAGACCGGAUUUUCCUAAGCUUAUUUUGGAGCUACCUUUUUAAGCUACAAGGUACAACUUUAAAGAAAAGCACAGCCUAUCAUCCACAAACAGAUGGUCAAUCAGAGGUUUUAAAUCGUUGCCUUGAGACAUACUUGAGAUGCUUUUCUUACCAACGACCAAAACAGUGAUCAAAAUGGCUUGCUUGGGCGGAGUACUCCUACAAUACCUCCUACCAUACUUCAAUCAAUAGUACCCCAUUUUGAGCUCUUUAUGGGAGAGAUCCCCCACCGCUCAUUCCUUAUAGAAAGGGUACAGCCAUAGUUUCUGCAGUCGAUGAACUACUUCAAGGCCGAGAUGACAUUUUAGACGACCUCAGAAUGCAUCUCCUCUGCGCCCAGCAUAGAAUGAAAUUGCAAGCUGAUUUAAAGAGGAGGUCAGACGAGUUUGUUGUGGGAGACCAUGUUUACCUCAAACUCCGUCCAUACUGCCAGAAGUCCCUUGCCAAACGCACCAAUGAGAAGUUGUCCGCCCGUUACUUUGGCCCUUUUCCUAUCAUACAAAGAAUUGGUUCAGUCGCAUACGAGCUGCAAUUACCAGACCAGGCCCACAUUCACCCGGUCUUUCACAUUUCCCAGCUCCAUCGUGCCAUUGGAACCUCAUCAGCCACGCCCACCAUACCACCACAGUUGACGGCUGAAUUAGAGCUUCAAGUAGAACACGAGGCUGUCUUAGACUGUCUUAGACGCUCACUAUCCCACUGCCUCCUCUAUCCCUUCAGAGGUCCUCAUUAAAUGGAGGAACCUCUACGAUUUCAAAGCCACUUGGGAGCCCUUCCUCACUAUUUAUUUGAUUUUAUUUUUAUCCAGCUGUAUUUUAUAAUAUGAAGGGGCUGAGUUGUAUCAAGUCUUUUUUAGAUCCUUGCUGGCAGUUCUUUAGCCUGACCAGUUCCUAUAAGUAAGGGUGGAGAUUCAUUUGUAAAGGGGUAGAGAAAAUUAGAAGAGAAUAGGUCCUUGGGAGAGAGCAGCCCUCUCGAAAGGCUGUGGUGGAAGAUACUAGUUGAUUGUAACUCUUUUCUUUUAUUUUAUCAAUAAAGAGGUUUUCUGUGAGGGAUUUCAUAUAA